UUAGUAUGAAACUAUCACUUCUAGUUACUCUAUACCUUGUAAACUAAAGCGUGACUAGGGCGGGCGGUCAUGAACAAGGGCGGCGCGCGCGCCUCCGGCCCCUUCCGCAGUCCAGUCCGAACAGUGACGACCAACUAGCAACUCCUCUCAACAUGCAUCUAGUUACAAAGUUUUUUAUAAAGUUAUAAUCGGGUUUGUUGGCAGCUUUUAAAUAUGGUGGAUAAAUUGAACGAAUAUCAGGGCGUUACCGGUAGAUUGCAUUCUACUAGGGAUAAAUGUAAGGAGAAAUGGUCUCAAUGGAAGGAGGAACAUCCUCAAGGUGUGCGAGGGACUGUCAGGGAGGCUCUGUUUGCUAUACCUAAUUCUGACGAUGCUCCUGAAAGAGUUGUUCGCGAAGGUGAAUACAGCGAUCUGUUCAGGAGAAAAAAUAGGCUCGAAUUAACCCGAAUUUCUGCAGCUGUGAUGGGAAUAGAAUUUGCAUAUGCUGGAGAAACAGCAUUCGUUUCUCCCACCCUUCUUCAAAUUGGAGUGCCACAUCAGCAAAUGACUCUGGUAUGGGCGCUUUCUCCAUUAAUAGGCUUCUUUAUGACUCCACUUCUCGGUUCUCUUAGCGAUAGAUGCCAAUCAAAAUACGGAAGAAGGAGACCCUUCAUUGUUUUGAUGUCUAUUGGAGUGUUUUUGGGUUUAAUUCUUGUGCCAAAUGGAGAAGAUAUUGGUUAUGCUUUUGGAGACGAGGUCUUUGUUAACAAAACUGCUGUGCCCUCGGUGUUGGGACCGCGAAGUUCAGUCCUUGAGGUGGAAGGGAAUAAUCAUCAUCCUUGGGGAGUGUUGUUCACAGUUUUAGGAACAGUGCUACUGGAUUUCGAUGCUGAUGCAUGCCAAAGCCCCGCACGAGCAUAUCUCCUCGAUGUGACAGUUCCAGAGGAUCACGCUAAAGGUCUGAGUACUUUUACCGUAAUGGCCGGCCUUGGCGGUUUCAUGGGAUACGCCCUUGGUGGUAUUAAUUGGGACGAAACAUCUCUUGGAGCGUUAUUCGGUGGCCAUGUCAGAGCUGUGUUCUUUCUAAUCACUAUAAUUUUUAUCGUAUGCGUAUCGGCUACUAUAACCAGUUUUAAGGAAAUACCGCUGUCAGAAAUCAAAGAGACAGAAAACUAUAAUAAAUUAAACGAUAAAGACGAAGAAGAAAAUCAGUUUGGAGAAGAGCAAGAUGGACUAAAGAAGGAAAAUGCUUCGUAUGGAUCUUUAAAUCAACCCGAUCAACCAGCUGAUGAAAUUUCUCCUGACCCAAACCAACUUACUCUGACUAUACCCGAAGGGCACGGCGAGCCUUUGUCUCUGAAACACUACCUCAAAUCCAUUAUACAGAUGCCAAAAUCUUUACGGGUCGUGUGUCUUACAAAUCUCUUCUGCUGGAUGGCUCACGUCUGCUACUCUUUGUAUUUCACCGAUUUCGUCGGAGAGUCUGUUUUCGGUGGAAAUCCGGCUGCACCCGUGGGCAGUGAAAGUCGAACUAAUUAUGAAGCGGGUGUCCGAUUUGGCUGCUGGGGGAUGGCUAUGUACUCUCUAUCCUGUGCUUGUUAUUCGACAAUUAUAGAAAAACUCAUUAAGAAACUAGGGGCAAAAAAGGUAUACGUGGGGGGACUUUGCACGUACAGCUGUGGCAUGUUUAUGCUGUGUUUGCUGAGGGCGAGGGCGGCCGUCCUAUUGUUCAGUUGGACAGCUGGCAUCAUGUACUCCACACUCUUCACCAUGCCUUAUCUACUGGUUGCACAUUAUCACGCCACUGGCAUGUGGGACAGCGAAGGCGGUGGAAGUGGCCAGGAGCGUGGGAUAGGCACAGAUGUAGCGGUGGUCAGCAGCUGUGUGUUCGUGGCACAACUCCUCAUCUCCGUCAUCAUGGGCUUCGCUGUCAAGGUCACAGGUUCUACAGCAGCCGUGGUCGCUGUGGCAGCCACGUUGGCGGCAACGGCCGCUUUUACUGCCACUAAGAUUACCUAUCUUGAUCUGUAAAAUAAAUAAAACAUUCAUGUUAUGGCAAAUGUGAUACAAUUUAUUGUAAAUUGAUGAAAAUUUUUAUCUCCGCCAUAAGUUUAUCGGCGCCAUGUUACAGAUAUUAAAGUAUUGACAACGGUAUGAUAUUAAUCAUUCUUUGUGAAAACCCAAAUGUACUUUAAGUAUUUGUUAUUGAUUGUGUAUAUUGAGAUAAUAUAAGUGUACUGAAUUUCAGUGAACACAAACAUUAUUUCAAAACUUUGCUAUUAGUUACAUUGUA